AGGGAGGGAGUUCCUGCAACACCAAGCAGUUCUGAACCAGUGCCCGGAUCGAUGGAGAUCCUGAACCACUGAAGGUGUUGUGGGAUCUGGUUCUUGCUCAGUGACUAGGAUAUGCUUUGGAGCGGCAGCGGUCAAGUUUUUGCGUUGGAUUAAAGAGACCGAAGGAAACGGACUUUUCCUCACCCCCCAUUAUUGAUAGCCCGCUGUGAUGGGACUUGGAAGGGGAAAACUGGCUGUCAUCGGUCGCCGAAAGUUUUGUUUCGAAAGUUCUGCUUCCGCCGUAAAAGUUACAUUUGGUGGAGAGGUUUGAACCUAGCUUAACAACACAUUUUUUAAAAACCCCUUUUUUUGGCAGAUCUUUUUGAUCAGCAUCUCACGACUGAAGAAGAAUGUCGGCGACAGGUUAUGGGUACUAUCGUUCUGUCAUUUUUAUCUCAAUGUUUUUGGGAUACCUCUUAUACUACUUCAACAGGAAGACGUUCUCUUUCCUGAUGCCAUCGGUUAUGGAGGAGAUUAAAUUGGAUAAGGAAGAACUCGGGCUGAUCACCAGCAGUCAAACGAUGGCCUACGCCAUCAGCAAGUUUGUGAGCGGCAUACUGUCGGACCAGCUCAGCGCCCGCUGCCUCUUCUCCGCUGGCCUCUUAAUCGUUGGGGGCAUCAACGUGCUCUUCUCCUGCUCCUCCUCGGUCGCAGUCUUCACAGGGCUCUGGUUUGUGAAUGGCCUCGGCCAGGGCUUCGGAUGGCCCCCCUGUGGCAAGGUGCUACGGAAGUGGUUCGAGCCAUCCCAGUUUGGAACGUGGUGGGCAGUUCUUUCCUGCAGCAUGAACCUGGCGGGGAGUCUGGGUCCUAUCAUUACCACUGUGCUUGCUCAGCACUACAGCUGGAGGGCUGUCAUCUCCGUGUCUGGCCUCGUCUGCAUGGCCUUUUCCUUCGUCUGCCUGAUGUUGGUCAGGAACGAGCCAGGAGACGUGGGCCUGCCCAGUAUAGAGCCACGGCCCAGCAAGGGAAAAAGAAGCAAAGGCACCCCGAAUGAUGAGAGCACUCUUAAAGAUUUCCUGCUCUCUCCCUACCUGUGGGUACUGUCUUUCGCAUAUCUGGUGGUGUUUGGAGUGAAGAUUGCAUGCACUGACUGGGGACAGCUGUUCCUGAUGCAAGAGAAAGGACAGUCUGCUAUGAUGGGCAGUUCAUACAUGAGUGCCCUGGAACUGGGAGGAUUUGCUGGUAGCAUUGUGGCAGGCUUCCUCUCUGACAGAGCAGUUGCACGACAAGGACUGGGUACCCAUGGCAACCCUCGGCAUGGCCUUCUCUUAAUCAUGAUGGCAGGCAUGGCCGUGUCUAUGUAUCUCUUACGGGUCACCAUCACACCAGAGGACCCAAUGGAAGCUCCGUUCUGGGUUAUUGCUCUCCAUCCAGUCUCUGUCCUCACCGGUGUGUCUGAGAAACAGAUUUGGAUAUUGGCUCUAGGUGCUCUUUUUGGUUUCUCUUCGUACGGUCCAAUCGCAUUGUUUGGGGUAAUUGCCAACGAGACCGCUCCCUCCAACUACUGCGGAACAUCACAUGCCAUUGUAGCCCUUAUGGCAAACAUUGGUGCCUUCUUUGCUGGCCUGCCUUUCAGCACCAUCGCUAAGCGCUACAGUUGGGACACAGCAUUCUGGGUGGCCGAGGUGACCUGCGCACUGACCACCAUCUGCUUCUUCGCUCUUCGCAACAUGUGGACCAAGAUGGGCCGGGAACACAAAAAGGCAGACUGAUCUGCACAAACAGAUCACCGACUCAGAUCUGAAUCAAAUUCACAAACGGAGAAUGGACCCUGCUCUGACUGUUCUCCAUAAACAGAACACGGACCCUGCUCUGACUGAUCUUCACAAACUGGGCAUGGACUCUGCUCUGACAUGGCAAUGGAUUUUUAAAAUCUGUGGGCUGAAAAAUUCAUAUGUAUGCCAUUAGUUAUGAAAUCACUCAAUAAUUGUAUUGUUAUAGAUGCAGACUGCUAACAUUUUCAGUAUACCUUCAUCACUUUCCACUGAAGAAACAUAAAACAUUGUAUAAUUAGGACUUGAAUGAUAAUUACAUUGUCAGAUUAUACAUUUAAUGCAGAAAUAUUGCUGGUAAGGUAUGCCUAAUACUACAGCUUCUACAUAAUAGAUUUAAGAAACAUCUUGCACAAAAGUCAUCAAACAUUUGUGGUAUGACAAACUUGGUUAAUAAUUUAAAUAGUCCGUGAGGAUUGUUUAUUUUUGUUUAUUUUAGAAUUAUUGUGUGUAAGUAGGCUUAAUUCCACAAUUUCCGGGUGGCAGAUAUAAGGAUUAAAACAAGAAAAAGAUGUUGUGCCUUUGAAGAAAGUCCAUUAGUUGUAUUUCAAGUUCUCUAUUGUUGCUUUAUGUGAAACAACUGAGAAACUAUUUCUGUGACAUUCCUCAGCACAAACCAGAGGAUACAGUGCUGUAUUCUAGUUAAGUGCAUUUAAAGUAUGAUGGAAUGCCAAAUGUCAGGGAUGUGGAGUAUGCUUCAUCAUAUGCAAACUACUGCACAUUUACUGACUGAAAUUAAAAAAAUCUCUUGGCUGUUU